UACAUUAUUAACUGCAUAUCAUCACACUGUAGCAGGGUGUAGUGUGUAAACUGAGCAAUUGUGCGGCGCAGUAUAUGUGUAACUGCAGUAGGCCUAUUUCCAGUACCCUGUCAGACACAACAAUGUUUAGUGAUCUAUCGGAACUCUUCACUAGUUCCAGCGGUCUAGUCUGGACACUUCUGGUUCUGGUUGUGGUAUAUUAUCUGUGGGACAGACACCAGAGACUGAAAUCCCUACCCCCGGGACCUACACCACUCCCAUUACUAGGUAACCUACUUGACCUGGCAUCGACCGACCAGCGGAUAACAUUUCGUAAACUUCAGGAAAAGUAUGGAGACUUGGUCACUUUGCACGUGGGGUCGUUCACGAUGGUAGUGGUCAGUGGUUAUGACACACUCAGGGAACUUUUCGUCAAACGUGGUGACGUCACAUCCGACCGGCCUGACCUAUUUGCAUUCAGGGAAGUAAUGAAAUGGCAAGGAAUUGUGAGCAGAUCAGGGCCUGAAUGGAAGACACACAGAACAUUCGCUAUCGGAGGACUUAGAGAUUUCGGCUUCGGCAAGAAAAGUUUAGAAGGAAAAAUAAUGGAAGAGGUGGAAGCAUUUCUCAAUGUUCUUGAGGAGAAGCAAGGACAACCACUACAUCCCGAGUCCUGUAUCCAGACCAGUGUUGCAAACAUUAUUUGUUCCAUUAUAUUCGGAAAGAGAUUUGAACAUGGUGACCCCGUAUUUAUAGAACUAGUGGACACGGUUAACGAAAACAUGUCUCUCGUGGGACCAGCUGGCCUUCUUAACCUCAUGCCGAGUCUCCGGUAUAUCCCAGGGGAUCCCGUAAGUUGUUGGAAAGUCGUCAACAAUAGCGACAAGAUCAUCAAGUUCCUAUACAGUAUUAUUGACGUUCAUCAGCAGGACUACGAAGAGGAAAAUAUAAAAGAUUUCAUCGACGUUUACUUAAAGGAAAUCAAAAAUAAGGAAGGGCAGGGUUCAUCCUUCACAGUAUCACAGCUAGUGUAUACGAUAGCCGACAUGUUCGUUGCUGGAAUGGAGACGACCACUACAACUCUUCUCUGGGCUAUCUUGUUCUUCCUCCACUACCCGGAUGUACAGAAGCGUUGUCAUGAGGAGGUAACGAGGGUGGUAGGAGAGGGUCGAUUCCCGUCCCUAUCAGACCGCCCGGACAUGCCGUACAUUGAGGCCACCAUCACAGAGAUCCUCAGGUGUGGGGACAUUGUUCCGCUUGGUUUGCCUCACUCCACAAGUGCGGAUGUUAGUUUCCAUGGUCACGUUAUUCCUAAAGGAGCAAUGUUGAUUACAAAUGUCCAUUCUGUCCACACGGAUCCGGUACUCUUCCCGGAGCCGGAGAGAUUUAAUCCAUCGAGAUUUAUCGACAAAGAUGACAAUGUUUGUGGAACGGAGCAUGUUGUACCGUUCUUUUUCGGUCGCCGUGUGUGUAUGGGGGAGGCCCUCGCGAGGUCAGAGCUCUUCCUUUUCGUCACUUCCAUGGUUCAACGAUUCCAGUUCAAACCUGUGGAUCCAGACAAUAUUCCUCCAAUAAAAGGGCAUUUGGGAGUGACAUAUAAAGCAUGUCCUUAUGAAUGCAUAGCCGAGAAAAGGGUAUAGAACAAAUGUUUUAUUGUAAACAGGUUGUAAUUAGUUAGAUAUAGAUCCGUUGACACGAAGGAGAAAACCUCUAUGGUUAUCAUAGUGACCAUACAGAUAUACCAUAGUGACCAUACAGAUAUACCAUAGCAACCAUACAGAUAUAACAUAGUGACCAUAGUUAUAUAUCAUAGUGACCAUAGUGACCAUACAGAUAUACCGUAGUGACCACACAUAUACACCAUGGUGACCACACAUAUAUACCAUGGUGACCAUACAGAUAUACCAUGGUGACCAUACAGAUAUACCAUAGUGACCAUACAGAUACACCAUAUUGACCACACAAAUAUACCAUAUCGACCAUACAGAUACCAUAGUUACCAUACAUAUAUACCAUAGUGACCAUACAGAUACACCAUAGUAACCAUACAAAUAAUCCAUAACGACCAUACAGAUAUCCGUACAAGUCUACAAAGAGCAUUUAGAGAACUGCAAAUGCAGCAAAAUACACAUAGGGUUUGUUGUUAUAAAGUAUUUAUAAUGUAAUAAGUUUCUAUUAUGAUAUAAUAUAACUUUACUGCUACAAAUGUAUAUUUACUGAAUAGUAAUAUCAGUAUCUGUGUUGAUGAAUUAGCCAAGUCACUAUAGGCAUUUCAACACAUAACAGUACCGUCUGUGUUUCUUAUUUUUGAGAGAAGGUAAAACACCCUUUUUCAUGCUGAUAUGGAUUAUGUAUAAUGUAAUAAUGUUUCUGAUCUGAUAUAUUGCUGCUUCCAAUGUAUGAAAUGUUCUAAUAUUAGGCCACCCUGUAUUGUACGUGACCUCUUGUAGCACAUAAAGGUGCCUAAGUGAAUAAAUGAACUUUGAACUUUGCAAACCUUUUGGUAGGGUUCAGUAAGAAGGACGAAUUCCGGCAAUGAUAUGUCAGUCUUAUCAGUGACAACGCAUGUGUGCGUGAGAGAGAGGUUCGUAUUACGUGCGAAAGCCAUGACACCCUACACAGUUUUUACCAAAGCAUUCUUGGUGACAAAGUAAGCCUUAUCCUAGGUAGAUCAAUAGAAGGAAUCACGUGUGUUCAAGAGGUUAUCAAUAUGACUAUGCAGGGUAUAUGUGGGUUCUUAUCAAGUUGGUUUUGGUGAUACAUCUACUAUUACUAAACCUAUUGCAGUAUUGGCAUGGCGACAUUCAUAACAGUUUUGCCGAUCGUGGCGUUAAGGUGAUCUUGAUAUUCUCGCCGAGUUGUCUUAAUAUUCAUCAUAGGUAGACAAAUCACAGGUGAAUGGAGAUGUCCCACACUCGGUCAGUUAUGGAGCGAUUCCUCAGAGAAAACCUUACUUCACGUGUUCCGCUUUCGAUUAUUGGCAUACUUGUUUAGUAUCUAGGACUUUGGACCAUAUAAAUGUAUCUCCACGUCUAACCCCUAUCUGUGAGCACCGUGGCACGCAGACUGCACAGCACAUGUUAACUGUACGUACAUGUCAGUGCAUGAAGUAGGCAUUAAGUGUAUGCUCCUGAUACAACGUGCAGGGCAAAGGGUGAAUAGCGGAAGUUUGAAGUCUCGCUGAUGCCAAUCCGAGGUUAGAUUUCGUUAUGUCUUUUAGUAUCCCAUCUGCAGCUGGUACCUGCCCACGUUACUGAUCACUAGAAGUGGUAGUAGUGAUUACGAGAUUUUAGUGUCAAUAUGACAAUGACACCAUCUGUAGCUAAAUAUACGCUCUCGAUAAAGUUAGCAUAAUCUUGUGUUGACUUUCAGGAAAUUUGUAGGCGGAGCUGAGUUUAUAAAAUUAUCACAAACUGAAUACUUCAGUGAAAAUUGUAAUUUCAUCGUUAAUGUCUACAUGUAAAUAUUGGGAUUUAAAAGGUGGUCAAUUCGGAUAGGUAAUCGUCUCAUAGUUUGUAAGCGUUUUGUGGUAAAAGAUAUCUUGGGUAAUACUUCGUGGCGGUGGAGAGUGACUGGUCAUAGUGUUUGGCGGUAAAGGAUUUCUGGGUAAUACUUUGUGUCCAUGAAGAGGGACUGGUCAUAGUGUUUGGUGGUAAAGGAUUUCUGGGUAAUACUCUGUGGCGGUGAAGAGUGACUGGUCAUAGUGUUUGGUGGUAAAGGAUUUCUGGGUAAUACUUUGUGGCGGUGAAGAGUGACUGGUCAUAGUGUUUGGUGGUAAAAGAUUACUUGGUAAUACUUUGUGGCCAUGAAGAGUGACUGGUCAUAAUGUUUGGUGGUAAAGGAUUUCUGGGUAAUACUUUGUGUCCAUGAAGAGUGACUGGUCAUAGUGUUUGGUGGUAUAGGAUUUCUGGGUAAUACUUUGUGUCCAUGAAGAGGGACUGGUCAUAGUGUUUGGCGGUAAAGGAUUUCUGGGUAAUACUUUGUGGCGGUGAAGAGUGAACUUGGUAAUAAUUUGAUGUUGAAAGCUACGUUGUGAUUUGUUUUCAUUUAUUGAAUUUUACUUAUCAAGUAUCACUAAUGAUAUUUAUUAUUAAUACUAUCACUGGGGAGUGUGGAUAAAAAUCAAAUUAGUUAUUAAAUAGAAUAUUUAAUUCAGUAUGGAAACAACACCUGUAUAGUGUAAAAUAUAAACAAGUAUAUACAUAAACUUAGGUCCAUAUUUUUACACAAUUUAAAUAAUUUGCUGACAGUGACCUAGCAAUAAUGUAUGCAAGUAUGCUUAAGCAUACACUCCAAUUUCUUUUGAGCUAAGUUCUUAAUUUGAUGUUAACUUCGCUCCUGGACCCUCUCUUGAAAGCAUACACUCAUAAAACAACAUUUACUACAACUGGCUGAAUUUGCAUUUCUGUAGGUUCAUCAGUUAAAUUGCCUUACUGGUAAUGAAACAUACUUUUGGUCCGACCUUUUGGGGUGAAGAUAUUUCAUCUUAAAUAUUUACAAAUAAAUAGCCUAGUGAUAAAUGAUGCUCAUAGGUAAUUUUCCAUGUAUUUGUAAGUAAAAAAAAAGUUUUAAAAAAAAUUAACCGAAUAAGUUCCUGAUUCCAAAUAUAAUUAAACAAAUUCAGGUAGAUAGGAGUAAUACUUGAUUCUUUUAAACGUUGGUAAUUAUUCCAAUCUAGGUCCUGGCCGUUAUUUAUGUCCAUACUUAAUUACAUUAGGUUCAACAAGUCAGACAGUACAACUUUCAUUGUAGCAGUUAAAGGUGGAAUUUACAGGGAAAAAAACAGAAAUGUUGUUAAGUCAUCAUAAAACUUGAAAUCUUUAUUGCAAACAAAACUGCAUGCUUUUAAAAUAUGUAAAAUCAACAUUAUACAAUAUACAAUAUCAUAACAGUUACAAUACUUCUGAUUAACAGGUGUCGUUUUCAAUGCUUUUUUUUUUAAAAUUUGUCUGUCAUACCCAGACUUUGAGCACAAAAAUGUCGAGGACUAAAUUAGGGCUAGCCUGAUGUCCUGUUCAUUUAACAUAUGGAAAGUUAGUAUAAUAAACUUAGCAGUGGCUCACAUGGAUACAUGACUCACAUUGUCUUUUAUUUCCAAAAUAGGUUAAGUGUGACCUUUGAUAAUUUAACCAUCACCAAUAUUGAUGAAAAAUCUGAUUUAGUGUAAAUCUUGAUGUUUAGAAACUAUGGUCUUAAAUCAACAGUUGACAGGCAUGACCUCUCUGUUGCAUACUGAGUUUUUUGUAAGUACACCAGUGUGUAUACUCUUUGCUAGACUGGUCAAUACUGAAGUAAAUGAGCAGAUGAGGAUUUUGACCUUAACCUAUUACUGUCAUUUUCCAUAGUCCUGUCUGUUUAACAAAAUCUAAUAUCACAAUUUGCUUAAGUACUCUAUAGUUGGGAAAUAUUCACAGGGAUUGAAUUUAACUUUAUAUUCAAGGUCACAAAAAUUUUGUUGAAUUCAUACCCAACGAAUGAAAUUCUCAGAAAAUAUCUGUUAUUCCUGUAUGCAUGAACUUCAGUUCAUUAACUUGCUUGAAAUUAAAAACUUGUGAACUAGCCAAAAGCAAAACAACCACUAAUUGUUAGCUUUGUAACAUAAAACAGCUGUUAUCGUUCAUCAUGUCUGCCAUAUCAAUCUAACCCUCACAACCUUUCAGAUUUUAAAAUGAAAUGAAAUAUCCUAAAUAUAGCAUUGUAAAAUAUGCAUCAUGCUUUUCCUAACUGUAAUAUUAACUGCAAAUAAUCAGUCGUUCAAUAAAGCACCAAACCAAAGUACAGGUUUAAAUAGGAUUAUUAUAUCAUACCUUGUUUCAUAUCCUUGUCAUCAAAUUAAACGUUGCUUGACACAGGUGAUCACACUAUUGUCAAAUCACAGAUAAAUAACAUCACACACUGGCCUCUGUAGUUAAAACAAACCAUUCAGUGAAGAUUUGUUUAAAAGUCAAACAGAAAAUUUCUCUUUUCUUGAGUUGUAAAAUCUUACACUCUUGUCCAUGUGAUGUGCAACUAACUAAACUUGCCCAGUAAUUUGCUCUGUCACUGACACUUGGACUUGUGUUAAUACUGAGCUUCUUUAAUUGAUUUAAUGUGCCUAAGACACUAAUACAAGAUCCUUUAAUCUGAAAAGCUUAAGAUUUCAAUUACUUAUUUCUGAGUUAUAACCUUUUCUUCAACAUUUAACAUCAUAGUGGAUAUUCAAAUCAGGUGUACAGAAAAUCUUGGUGACAGUUAUUUUAAAGAAAAACAACAUCUUCGAGAUAUCCCCAGCUUCAAUCUAUAUUAGUUUUUUUACUUCAUUGGUUAUGAUAUUACUAGGAAACAGCCCUCACACAUCCACGAGAUCCUCCACAGACUUUACCAGUUUGACCUUUUUAAACAGAUUCUCUAUAACUUUCUUCACAAUUUCUUUCACUGAAAUGAGAGAUAAAAUACAAUCGUCACCAGAGAAAUUAACAUUUAACAUCACUAACACUUCCCUGCAAUAACAAAGAGUUACCUAUCUUGUGUGUUUCCCCUUUAAAUCACACUUCAGUUCCACAAAUAUUUUUAACUUUAUUGCUGAACUUAGGUUCCAAAAUAUUUAAUUGAUUAUAAGAAUACACACAAAAAAAAUGUAAAAAAAACCCACUUUAGGUAUAACAGAGAUGGAAAUUCAUUUACAUCACAUGUAAGGAAAAAGAUAUAGACAACAGAAGAAACAGUUGUAAGUUACACAAUGAAAUACUGAUAUCGUAACUUUCUAUAGAUACCUUCUGCCGGCUUUCCUGUUCCACCAGGUUUAUCCAUUACUUUGUAUGACAAAGCUCUUGCAACAACUUUGAAUGCAUCCUAUGAUUAAAAAUAAAAAGUAUAUAUUAAGUAAACAUUUUCAUUCUGUAACAGUUCGAUUCAAAUACUGACCAGGUGCCUAAUAUGUUGUUGGAGAACAGGAUACAAAAAUGGAGACAUGUGGAUGUAAUACCUGUAACCCACCAACCAACCAAAUAUCAGGAUAUGUUGUAGAUAAAUAUCUGUAGGAAUACGAUACUAUGUAGUCCAAAUUAUUCUGAUGUUCUGUCAACUUCCAGUGACUCCUGACCACCAUACAAAAGUCAUCAGAAUAAUUUAGACUAGAUACUUUGUUCCCAACAUGAAUCUGAUCCACAGAAGGGGCUCAUUAGAAGUUCACAGAAAAGCUUGAUGUCAUUAGACCAUUCUGUUAAACAUGAACUAAUCUGUUCAGGUGUUCUUACAGUAUCUUGCACACAAGCUUGUUGUUUACAGAACAUCAUUUUGACCAUUUUUAAUUUCAUGUAAUGGUAAUCAAAAUGAUAUAAUGUGUAGAAAUGUAUGUCAUUAAAGGACUUUUUUUAAAUAUAGACAUGUAUUUAUCA